AUGGCUAACCCCGCUGCUCUUCUUCUUUUUUUCUCUUUUUUAUUCUUUUUUCAUGCAGCACAGCACUCAAAGGCGAAGCUCAAUAUACCAGAUGAGCCAGCAAUAACGCCUACUCUUCAGAUACAGCAGAGGGUUAUAAUAGGUGAUGCUGCUGCAGCAAACAGCCAACAGCAGCAGCAGCAGCAGCAGCAGCAGCGAUGUGAGCAACAGCAGGCGGUAGAGCAGCAGCAGAAUGAGAAUCAGGUGGAUGAGCUGCGGCACGAACAGCAAGAAGAAGAGGACCAGCAGCAGCCACAGCAGCAGCAAGAAGAGGAGCAGCAGCAGCAGCAGCAAGAAGAGGAGCAGCAGCAGCAGCAAGAAGAGGAGCAGCAGCAGCAGCAGCGGCUGCAGCAAGAAACGUAUGUACACUGGGAAGCGGGUGUAACUAAGGAGAAAAUUUAA